UCUGCUGGCAGAGCAAUGCUGCAGCUAUGCCUGGAGACACAAGCUUACUUAAAUGUCUCCAAAUUAUUGCGGUCUUAUGGAGGGGGGUUCAGGCUGUCCCCUCAGUCCCUCAGCCUGUGCCCUCAGUCCCUGACCGUGUCCAGGGUGUUGUGGGCUCCUGCAUGGUGAUUCCCUGCUCCUUCACGCCUGCAGCCCCUCACCCCAUCAGGGGACUGAAGGAGAGGGUGGAUGUGCGGCUCAGGUUCAGAGGUGGUGGGCCUAUUUUUCCUUACUGGAGCACUGCUUUCAACAGUGAGAGCAAAGAGCAAGUAAGCAGAAAUUUCUUGGGUCGAACAUUGCUCUUUGGCCGAAUGUCAAAUGGAGACUGCUCAGUGAAGAUAGAACAGUUAAGAGCUGAUGAUCCGAAGGUGUUUGAACUGGCUUUGAAGAAAGGAAGUGAUUUACUCUGGGGCAUGUCAAGGAGUGUAAAUGUAGACAUCAUUGACAACCCUGAGCCUCCUGUCAUCAGUGGUGUGUUGUCAGCCAAAGAAGGGCAGUUGGUCUCUCUAAACUGCUCUGUCAGCUACCACUGUCCCUCCAGACCCCCAACCCUGCAGUGGAAGUGGGAGCAAGGAAUUCCACUGAACAGCACUGAGACAGGAGAGGCACAAACCCUCCAUCAGGGUCCCCAUAGGUGGAUGCUUCUGGCCUCCUUGUCUUUCGUGGCAUCACAACAGAUGAGGCCUCGGCUCAGGUGUGCAGUGAAAUAUCCAGAAACCAAAAUGUUAGCCACAGUGAAGGACCUGCAUGUGACAUUUGCACCAAAGGAUGUGAAGGUGGAGGUUCAGACAUUGACUGUGCAGCAGAGGGGCAAUGCCUUGCUUAUUUGCUCAUGCAAAGCUGACCCUCCGGUGACAGAGUAUCGUUGGUCCUAUACUCAACAUGGCCGCACUGUGCACCUCCACCACCGAUUGCAAAGUCUGCGAGUGUUCAAUGUGACCAAAGACAUGAGAAUCCGCUGCUCAGCCCAGAACACCAUUGGUCGAGGAGCGUCCCAGCCCACGUCGCUUAAUAUACAAUAUAAGCCAUCUAUCCUUCGUCUCUCCUCCUCCUGUGUCGGGGAGGAUUCUAAGGUGCAUUGUCGAUGUUCAGUCGACUCCAACCCCAAAGCAGCUGUCACCUGGAGUGUUAACGGGACCGUUCCAUCCUAUGAUUACAACGUGUCUGUAACAUCAGAGCCCAACAUGGUGACAGCCUCACUGAGAGGCUACAUGGCCAAACCAAUGAGUGUAAUCUGUUUUGCAUUCAACGUGCUCGGAAAUGACUCCCUGGUUUUACUACAGGGGGUGGAAGAAACUGUAUCUGUGGUCUGGAUCAUUUUACCUGCUGUGGUCAUCUCCCUGUUCGUAUGCCUUCUGUCCCUGCUUGUCUACUACUAUCGAAGGAGAGCUAAAAGACACAUGUUGCGCAGACAUCAAGCUGUAUACCCUGAAGGUUUGGGAAUUUAUCAGAACAGGAUGCCUCUCUACAUCAACUGCAGUGAAGUGACUCAUGUUUACAACAAUGGAAGCUACCAACUUGUGUAUGAGAACUCCACACCUGUGUUUGUCCAUACAAAGCAGACCCGUCCCAUGGGCCGAAGAGGAGGUGAGAAGAGAAGAGGUAGAGAGGUUGGAGGGAGAGAAAGAGGACAUGGUGUGGGAAUUAGGGGUACAAGAGAGGUCCAAAGUGCUUCUCCAGCUGAUCCAGAGACAGCCAUCUAUGUGGAGAUCCUAUGAGUUUUAAAACUAAAUCAAUUGGAAAUUUAUUCUUUAAUGUUUGGGACAAUCAUGCUCAUGUAACUCUCUGUCUGUGUAUAUAGUGUUCAUUUAAAUUUCUAUGUUUAAUACAUUCUUCAUAUUGACUGA